AUGUAUGGUAUAGAGACAGUGGCACUGAGGAUGAGACAAGAGGCAGAGCUGAAGGUUGCAGAGAUGAAGAUGCUGAGGUUCUCUGAGGGAGUGAUGAUGAUGCAAGGAGAAAGGAUAGUGACAGCGCCUGAGCUCGUCACGCCCACAGCAGCUUCGCCUCAGCUCACGCUCGCUGAGCCUCCAGCGGAGCCAUCCUCACCUCCGCCAGCCGCAGCAAGGUUUCCAGCUGGGUUUUCCUCCUGCCCGGGACGACGUCAUUGCCGGAGGGCAGCCGCCACUGGGAGGUUUUGGGUGGACGCCUCCUAUGCUUCCACGGAGGGUCCACCCACCACGGCUUCCUCGCAGAUGUUUUCUCCGGCAUGGGUCCAGUCCAGACUGGAGAUGCCACAGUCGGAGCUCAUGAGGCAGCGGGUGAUGGGCUUCGCUAAGUACCUGAAGAUCUUCCCUGAGGAUUUGGACUUUGUGCACCUCAUCCUGGAGUCGGAGUUCCUAGGAAGGGGGUGGCUUGACGCUCCAGCAUCACUCUCAGCUGGAGGUCCCUUCGCACCCCUUCUCGAGGCCGUGAGUGCUGUCGCCAGGUCUACAGAGUUUCAGCCGGCCGCCGCCGGGUCUACAGGGCCUCAGCCGGCUGCUGCCAAAUCUACAGGGCCACGGCCGGCCGCCGCCGGGUCUUCGGAGCCACAGCCGGCCACCGCCGGGUCUUCAGAGCCACAGCCGGCCGCCGCUGGGUCUUUAGAGCCACAGCCGGCCGCCGCCGGGUCUACAGUGCCUCAGCUGGCCGCCGCCGAGUCUACAGAGCCACAGCCGGCUGCCGCCGGGUCUUCAGAACCUCAUUGUGUCCCUGAGGAGCCCGUGUAG